GGGAAUACGAUUGGCAGCAGUUUAUUUUGUUCCAAAUUUCCAUUGGUCGCUGCAGCCAGAAUAUUUGUUGUAAGUUUGGGAGGGAAGGACGGUAGAAAAGUUUCUUUUUUGAUUGACUUUGGUAAAGUACAGUAUCAGUUCGGCGGUGCCUCAGAGCCCCUUAGGCUAAGCAGGAAUGAUCUGAGUCUGGAUACUAGCCGAGGGGUCUUCAAGAGUAAAGCAAGAGUGGUCAGAGCAGCUCGCAAAGCGUAUGUUUUGCCAGAUUUUUUUUCCCUAUCUUCUUCUUGCCUGUCUUAAUGUGCAGUUUUAUAAACGCGUCUCCUCCAGAAUACCAUGUCAACCAAUUCAAGUAACUUCUUACUGCUCCCCAUACCGGAGGUCUCGAUGCUCGACUACUUGCACAACCGAAACGUGAAGAUCGUGGUCCUGGGAGCAAGGAGAGUUGGCAAGACUGGAGCUCUAUACUCCAGAUCAAUUAGCAUUGAUGGAGAUCAAAUUUCGUUGCAAGUGCAAGACACUCCGUGUGCUAAUCAGGCAGAUGGAGAUGAGUCUUGCAGUCCAGAUGUUAUAUCCCGUUCACUUCACUGGGCAGAUGGUUUUGUUUUUGUCUUUUCACUUACGGACACAGAAAGCUGGAAAGCUCUCCGUCCGCUCCAUCAGCAAAUCAGGAAGAUUUAUCCCAACACCAGACUUCCAUUCGUGCUAAUAGGAAACAAGGCUGAUUUACCGCAUGCACGGCAAGUGGAAACCAGUGAGGGCAUUCAAUUGGUGAACGAGAUAGGAGGGACUUAUUUUGAAGUUUCUGCCAGAGAAAAUUACAAUGAGGUCUAUGAUGCUUUCCACCAAGUUUGCCAAGAAGUUUGCAAAAUGAUUGGAAACAAUAAUGGAGAGAAGAGAAGAGGUCUGCUUUUAGGCAGGCCAAAAUCACCGAAUAUGCAGGAUCUUGGAAGACGGUUAAAACAGGCUCUUUCUUCUAAAGUGAAAUCCACUGCUUCUAUAUAAGCAUAGUUUUGAUGAGGUUCCAAGUUCUAAGUUUUUAAUUACCUUGAGAUUACAUAAGAAUAAUUCAAAUGACCCCAAUGAGGUAAAUCCUCAUAUUUUAAAGACUAACACAUGAACAGAAAUUAGUUUGGCAUGUUCCAUCUCGAUGUCCACCAUUUUUAAUUACACAAUUUUACCUUUAAUUGCUGUUAGGUAAAUAAAUUUUGCACCCAGAAUAUGAGCAAUAUUGGUUACAUAUGUUGUGAUAUUUAUGCUACAAUUUGCACUCUAUACAAACUUUUGUGUCACUAAUCUACUGAUUAUAUGAAGUUAAGAUCAUUCACAGCCUGAAACAAUUUAAAAUUGUGCAAAAUUAUACGUUUUCUUUAAAACUAUACAUGUGAUUCACUGAGGCAGAGGAGAGCUCCCUUGAAUGCUUAGACAGAAAAUACAGUGCAAAAUAUAAACUGAACCAUACGGACUAGAAAGCUGUCUCAUUCUACUCUCAAAUUGCUAUCAAACAUAUAAUGGGCUAAAGGGCCUCCCUCAGUUCAUCCAGCUCUGCACCUUGUUGUCUCGGAUUCUCCAGCAUCUGCAGUUCCUACUAUCUCUCGGUGCUGCAAGUUUCUGAUUCUUUUUGUAACUGUUUAGCUGAUCUCAGGUGAAGCCACGAUAAAGUUUCUUCAAGUGUCCUCAGUAGCUCAGUAUAAGAACAAGGAAAUAACAGUGAUAUUCCCCACACCUGAUCCUGUUUGAAAUAAAUGGGUGUAUGUCCUGGCCCUGACAGGAUUGCUCUUGGUAUCAGAGAAAUUGCCCAAUGGAAACUGUUUAUUCAUGUUUCAGUUGUGAUCAGCUAAUGUUAUCAAAACAAAAACUAUUUGUAAAACAUACAAUUUAAUCACUCAAUGCCAUAUUCUGACAAUUUGUGUCAAAAUGCUGAAACAGAAAGGUACAUUUUAAAAACAAUAUUAGGGGGAAAAAAAGACCGGAAAUAACUUGUGUUUUUAAAUUUAAAUAAUUGCCUUCAUUUUGUAUCCAGUAUCAAAUGUCUUCCAGAAUUAGGAAAUCCAAAAUGUUUCCUAGUUUUAACUGUUCCUCCUCGCAUUAUAUUCAAAGUGAUAAUAAUAGCUUGCCUAUUAUUGAACCAUGAGGUUUAACUCUGCACUGUUGUUUAAUAUGCAGAAAAAUAUUGCUAUCUUCUUCAGAAGCUUUGCUAUCUUAUUUGAAUUAGUCCUGAGUGAAACAUUUUAUUUGAUUUGGUAACACUCAUUUUAAUAUGUAUGAAGCUAGGCAUAAUGUGCAUUUAGCAUUUUGGUGUACAUACUCAAAUGCUGGUACUUUGCAGCAUUAAUGACAGUGAAACUGUUAGUGUUUGCUGCCUUUAGUCCUCUGAACAUUCUGGAGUCUACACAUGUGCAGUUAAAUGUGGAAACGUCAGUAACUUUGUUUGAGUGUCAAUUUGAAGUAAAUCUCUCUACCAGUUCUUUGUGGUGACCUGAUACACCAUUUGAAUAGCUACCCUGUUUGUUACUAACAGAAUUAACAAUUUCUUAGUAUCUGUUCUAGAGGUCUAAUCAAUCUCUGUCAAAUUCCCUGCAAAUAUUAACACAGGGCAAGCAAAUUUUAAAACUAAUUACUAAAAUAUAACAGAGAUAGUAGGAACUGCAGAUGCUGGAGAAUC